AUGCCAUAGGCGGUUAAGCCCAAAACCACCCCAAGCCCUUAAUCACGACCCAACAAAUACAUUAGGCUGAACCACUCUCCCUCUUUCUUCCCCCCUGCAUAUCUCUCUCUCUCCUCUCUAUUUCUCUCUCGCAAAUACAAUCGGAGUUCCCCUGUUGCUGUUUGUACGACAUACAUCGAAGUCUCAUGAAAAUUUGAAAUUUGUUUAUCAUACACUGAUUUGUUAUAUCUUUCUUAUACUCGUAUACACAUACAUAUUUUGUUAAUUUUUUAUCUUAUUUUUUGGUUCUUUGUGAUCUCAAAAUUGUUGUGUUUCGAUCUACCAAAUCUGCGGCAAAAAAUUGUACUGCUUUCGAAAGUUGAUUUCGAGUGCUGCGAUUGACUGUUUUGAAGGGUCAGAUUGAUGAUGCUAAUGAAAUGAUGAAUCAAGGAGGUAUUACUGACACCGUAACUACAGUGGACCCUAAUUUGCUCGAGAAAUAUCAGGUUGUUGAUUCUGGCCAAGGACAUACAUCAUCAUAUUAUACCCCGUCUAGUGGCCCUGAGGCUGUAUCAUGGGCCAUGCAUAGGGCAGAGAAUUACUCCACAGAGCACGGGAUUCUUUCUAAUUCUAGCUACCGCCAAGAUCAGAAUGCAGAGCCUCCCCCAAGGAACAUUCAAGAUGGCUCAGUCGUUGCCUCUCUUGCCUCUACUUCGAGUUCUGGAGCAGCAAAUGUACCACAAGAAUAUAAUAAUUAUGCAGUCUACCCAAAUGCUGAUGCAUAUGGAUACAACAACACAGGAUACACAGGUUAUUACAAUGGCUAUCAGCAUCAAUCUAGUCAACAAUACCCUCAAUCUGUAGGAACAUAUCAAAGCACAGGUGCACCUUAUCAGCCUCCCCCCUCAUUUCAGAAUACAGGGUCUUAUGCUGGGCCUGCAAGUUAUUCAAACACUUACUACAAUACUGGUGAUUAUCAGACAUCUGGAGGUUACACGAGUAGCGGUUACAGUAAUCAGACCAACUUGUGGAAUGAAGGAAACUAUCCAAGUUACACAUCUCAUCAAUACCUAAAUUACACACAGGACUCAAGUGCUGCUUAUAGUUCUACUACUGCGACUGCAACGACUGGAACCGCAGCUUCAGUAUACUAUCAGCCACAAUAUAAACAAUGGGCAGACUAUUAUAGCCAAACCGAAGUUAGCUGUGCUCCUGGGACUGAGAACAUAUCUGCAACUAGUACAUCUAAUUUGGGGUGUGCUGUUCCUGGUGUUACUUCUGGGUAUUCGGCUUCAUUCAGCCAGCCUUCUACACCUUUCAUCCCUUCUUGGAGGCCAGAAACCAGUUCUUCUGAACUGCCUUCAGCGCAGCCUGGUGCAGUAAAUAGUGGUGUCCAUGAUAGUUACUGGAAACAUGUAGCUCCAGCUCUCACGAAUCACAAUAUUAGUCCUCAACAACCACAGUUUCAAAAUCCUUUGGAUUCAAAUCCUACUUAUGGCAGCUUUCAGGAUCAACAGAAGACUGCAUGCCCUCAAGGACCCAAUAUGCAAUACCCUGCUACCCAGCAGGUGCCUCAAAGUUAUCAACCUUCCUUGCAAACUGUUCCACAAACUGUUCCACCCUUAGAUUUGCACAGGGUAAGCAAACUGCAGAUUCCAACAAAUCCUAGAAUUGCUUCAAAUUUGCCCUUGAGUUUACCAAAAACCGAUAAGGAUAGCUCUACGACCAGUGCAACAGCAAAACCAGCCUAUAUCAGUGUGUCUAUGCCAAAGCCAAUUGACAAAGUGUCGUCUCAUGAUGCUGCUGAUUCUCUUCUUAAGCCUGGUAUGUUCCCCAAGUCAUUGCGUGGUUAUGUGGAAAGGGCUUUGGCUCGAUGCAAGGAUGAUUCACAAACGGCAACUUGCCAAGUUAUCAUGAAAGAGGUAAUUACCAAGGCAACUGCUGAUGGUACACUCUAUAUACGAGACUGGGAUACCGAGCCCCUCUUCCCACUACCAAAUGCAGAUGUGGCUGAUAAAGAUGGUUUACAGUGUUCAACCCCCGUUUCUUCAUUGUUGAAGACCAAAAGAAGUCCAAGUAGGCGGGCCAAAAGUAGGUGGGAACCUGUGUCAGAGGAGAAACCAGUCGACAAAUCAGCACCUGUCGCUCUUGAUACUUUAAAAUAUGCCGGUUGGGUUCAUUAUAAUGAAAAUAACAAAAAGCUCUCAGGUGUAAAAUCAGAGAACAAGGACAGUUUGAGCAAUAUAAAGUUUUUGUUAUCAGAACAGAGAAAUACUAAUAGAAAUUCCCUGAGACCAGCUAAGAGGCAGCGUUUUGGUGAUGGUAUGGAUGCAACUGACAAUGGUGAUGCAUCCAGUGAUAGUGACAAGGAGCAAAGUUUAACAGCAUAUUACUCCGGUGCAAUAGCACUUGCCAAUUCACCGGAGGAAAGAAAGAAACGUGAAAAUCGCUCUAAGCGUUUUGAAAAGGGACAUGGAAAUCUAGCAGAAAAUAAUCAUUCGAGACCAAAAAAUGUCAGAGCUGGAAACUUGUACACUAGAAGGGCAAGCGCAUUGGUGCUUAGUAAAAACUUUGAAGAUGGCGGUAUCAGGGCUGUUGAAGAUAUUGAUUGGACCACCCUUACUGUCAAGGGGACCUCCCAGGAGAUCGAGAAACGCUAUUUGCGUCUCACUUCUGCUCCGGAUCCUGCCACUGUGAGACCUGAAGAAGUGUUAGAAAAAGCUCUGCUUAUGGUUCAAAAUUCUCCAAAGAAUUACCUUUACAAAUGUGAUCAGUUGAAAUCUAUUCGACAGGAUUUAACUGUACAACAUAUAAGAAAUGAGUUAACGGUCAAGGUUUAUGAAACUCAUGCUCGAUUAGCAAUAGAAGUUGGAGAUUUGCCAGAGUAUAAUCAGUGCCAGUCACAGUUGAAAACACUUUAUGCGGAGGGAAUAAAGGGAUGCCAUAUGGAAUUUUCUGCUUACAAUUUACUUUGUGUUAUAAUGCACUCUAGCAAUAACAGAGAGCUUUUAUCGGCAAUGUCAAGAUUAUCAGCUGAAGCCAGAAAGGAGGAAGCUGUAAAACAUGCUCUUGCAGUUCGUGCAGCUGUUACUUCCGGAAAUUAUGUCCUGUUUUUCAGGCUAUACAAGACAGCUCCUAAUCUGAACACUUUUCUUAUGGAUCUUCAUGUAGAAAAAAUGCGGUACACAGCUGUGAAGUGCAUGUCUCGUUCAUAUCGACCUACAAUCCCUGUUUCAUACAUCGCUCAGGUUCUGGGCUUUACCAAUGUCUUGCCUCGAAUUGAAACAAGUGACGAGAAGGACGUAGAUGGACUGGAAGAAUGCAUGGAUUGGUUAAAGGCUCAUGGUGCAUCCCUUAUCGCUGAUAACGCUGGGGAGAUGCAGCUUGACACGAAGAGUUCUGCAUCCAAUCUCCACAUGCCAGAACCUGACGAUGCUGUUGCCCAUGGAGAUGCCACUCUCGCAGUUAAUGAUUUUUUGACCAGGACUUCCUGAUAGCCAAAUGUACUGAGAAUUAGUGAGAAUAACGGAAUAUCAUGAUGCGGCUCCCAACAAUCUAAUUUUCAGGAGGAAUCAUUGGAUCCCAUGAUGGACUUGGAAUGCAGAAAAGGUUGAUCAUGUGGGGAGGGGAGCAUGUAUUAAUCACAAAUGCACGAGAUGAGGAAUGUGUGAAAAAAUAGAACCGAGGGGAAGCUCCCCUCGAAAAUUCUUUUAGGACAGUGGAGGGGCUUCAACCAGUGUAACAGUAUUUCAUUUUGAAGAAAUCUUAAUUCUUUUUAGCUGAAGAGACAUCAUGAUGAAUAUACUUAUAGGGGAAACAGAAAUAAGGAAAUAUAACAUGUAUUCUGGUUAAUCAUAAUUGUAUUGUGGCUGAUUGAUAUGGUUCAUCUUUUUUGUCUUAUCCAACAAAAGUUUAGCA